AGGGCACCACCACAACUAUCCCAGGGGCCAUAAUGUGAUGUUUUCCCCUGUCCCCACAUGUUAGGGGAAACUAACAAGCCCAUCCGUUAUCAGGAGACACAUGAGCACCUUUUUAUUUUUGCAUUUAACAGAAGGUUUUUUGUGACUGAAGGAUCUAGCUUUGGAAAACUCCCAAGGAGAUGGAUACAUUUAUCAGAGAUGAGCGAAGAGAUUGCUGAUGGUGAUGAAAGACUGGAUGGCAUUUUCUACCACCAACAGAGCUCACCUCAGACAAUGUCACAAGAAAAGGGACAGAUGGCGGAACCCUGGGAGGAGCAGCAGCUCGUGUUCCUGAACAACCUUACCAGAGAGACAGCUGAAAUGGGAGCUUUGUCCCAAACCAGCCAAGACUUCAAGCACCAUUCAUUCCUCAUAACUCAGGUCUCAGCUACACUUCAUCGUCAGAGAAGGAUUCACAACUAUCCUACACCAAGCUCAAUUAAGUCACAGCCUCUGACCCUUCACAUCGCUUGCCUCUCUCUGAAAUUAUCUUGCUUAUUUAUGUGUAUGUUUAUUACCCAUCUUUCCACUGGAAUCUAAGCCUUAUGAUGUCAGGCUGUUAAGAUUUCAGUCUCUGGUGAAAACAUGUCCAGGAUACCCUUUCUCCCCUUUGCCCAGCAAGAGUGGACUGAUUAAAUUUGGACCUGAGGUUUCUAUGAAUAUGAAACCGAGUUGUUCUGACUAGAGUGAGCCACGGCCUCCCAGUGCUGCCAGUUACAGGAAGUGACUUGCCUUCUCCCAUCAGCCCAAACCGGGAGCCUUUAUCACAGAACCCAAGAGUGAGGGGAGGGUCAGGCCGGUUGGACAGUGGCUGUAUCAUGGGAUGCAUCAGGAGACUUUUACGGCCCUCUCCUUUCCCUUAUAUCCCAUUGUCUUAGAUCACGUGGACUUGCCUUUUUCCUAAUGCCGCCCCCUCACCGCUCUUCAUAAUUGAGGAAAUUGUGUCAAUAAAUCGACC